CCGCCCACCAUGGCAUCCACACUGGGAUGGGCUGUCACCGAGAUUCUGAAGCGCGAAGCCACCGAUGCAGACCCCGAUGAAGAGCCUGAGGCUGGCCAGAAGGAAAUCUUCACAUCAUGGGCUUUGUCCAUCCUCAUCGUCCUGCUCAUCGUAGCCCUUUUCACCAACUACAUUCUCCACACGCGGAAGAUACAAGCCGUUCAUGAGACGGUACUCUCUAUUUUUGCUGGAAUGGUCGUGGGCCUCGUCUUGCGAUUGACUGCAGUAGCUUCCGUCCGCGAUGCUGUCAGCUUCGACUACCAGAUGUUUUUCAAUCUUCUCCUGCCGCCUAUCAUUCUAUCUUCCGGAUAUGAACUACAUCAAGGAAACUUCUUCCGCCACAUCGGAACCAUCCUUACGUUUGCCUUCGCUGGCACUUUCAUAUCCGCCGUUGUUCUGGGUCUGAUCCUGUUUGUUUGGACAAGAAUGGCUCUUGAUGGAUUCAAAAUCAAUUUUGUCGAGGCCAUGUCUGUCGGUGCCACACUCUCAGCCACUGAUCCUGUUACCAUUCUCGCCAUCUUCAACACCUACAAGGUCGAGCCCAAACUCUACACCAUCAUAUUUGGCGAAUCCAUCCUGAACGAUGCCAUCGCCAUUGUUUUAUUUGAAACGGCACAGAAAUAUAAGGAUGGGGCAGAGUCAUUAGGUUUCCUAAGCUUGUUUGAAGCCAUCGGCAUCUUCUUUGGCGUCUUUUUCGGGAGCUUGUUCAUUGGCGUCAUGGUGGGGAUCGGCGCCUCUCUCAUGCUCAAGUUCACCUACGUCCGACGUAUGCCAAAGACGGAGAGUUGCCUGAUUAUUCUCAUUGCAUACCUCACGUACUUUUUGUCCAACGCCAUUCACAUGUCCGGCAUUGUGUCCCUUCUGUUCUGCGGCAUAUGCAUGAAGCAUUACGCCUACCUCAAUAUGUCACGACGAACCCAGCUGACCACCAAAUUCGUCUUCCAGAUUACCGCACAGUUGUCUGAAAAUUUCAUCUUCAUCUAUCUGGGACUGUCGCUCUUUACCGAUGACAAGCUGGAAUAUAAACCGCUCUUCAUAUUGAUCACUGUAUUUGGGAUAUGCAUCGCACGCUGGUGUGCGGUAUUCCCUCUAUCAAAGAUGAUCAACUCCGUUAUUCGUUACCGGCGGCGGCAUCAUGGUCCGCAAGAGGCCAGCGAUGAGAUUCCCUACUCCCAUCAGGCAAUGAUAUAUUGGGCGGGACUUCGUGGAGCGGUCGGUGUCGCUCUCGCAGCUGGGUUAUCUGGUAACAACGGCGACACCCUGCGAGCCACUGUGCUUGUUGUGGUCGUCUUGACCGUCAUCAUUUUUGGUGGCACAACUGCACGCAUGUUGGAGAUUCUGGGUAUCAGGACUGGAGUGGUCGAGGAAAUCGACUCUGACGAUGAGUUUGACAUUGAGGUGGUCAGCGGCAAUACAUACUCUCGCAACAAGGGUCAGGGUAUCGGGCACACACCUCGCCCUGGUCAGAACGGGGUUGCAUUGUCUGAUGUUAACGGGCAGGGUGGAGCUUACUCAAGCGGCAAUAGGCACAGCCCCCCAAUACGACCCAAUGCCCUGUCCUCCCGUAGAAACUCUAGCCGCCCAGGACGCUCAGACGGCGCUGACCAGGGCCUUCUUCUUAGCCCUGGCGACAGUGGCAGUAACGACGAGGAUGACGGCGAUUUGGAUCUUCCUCCCAGCGCGCGACGCUCGCCGGCUCGUGUUCCCUCCCCGCUUGGCGCUCCGAUAGAAACGUCGCCGUACCCCACGUCGGGUAGUGUCACCAGGGCUGGGACGGGUGGUGGAAAUGAGGCAUCGAGAGUAGCUACGGCGACUGGUGCCGUCAAGCAGUUGUUUUCCGACAUCUCCCAAGAUCCUGCAAAUGCAUUUAAACAGAUAGACGAUGGUUUUUUGAAACCGCAUCUUCUGUUGGAUCCCGGGAAAGGCUCUGCAUCGGGACCGAGCAAUGUAUGAUAUUUGGGCGCAAUAUUAGAAGGCAUGGGUGGCGUUUAUCAGUUAAGGGCAUGGACAGGCCCUAUGUUGUCUUCCGUCGCACUUUAAUACACAUAAGGAUGGGUAUUCAUCGUAUGCUCAGAAGUUGAGAGUGUCUUGAUUAUAGAAGCCAGAGCGGUGGCUCUACUACUGGUGAACCUGAAUGUCGAAGCCUGUACGAAUCACAUCAUCGUCUGUGUAUUGAACAAACACGCAUGUAUCCAUGGCGACGUUUCAGGGUGGCUUGUCGCGCUACAUAAGAGACUACUAUUCGAAGUAGUCUUCGUGUUCAU